AGUACCAGGUCUGCAUCGUGUUCACUUUCACUGGUUGCGCGCUCUAUCUAACUAUAAAACACGUCCUAAGCAGAGCGAUUCGUUCGUUUCGGGGGACGAUCGACUCACGAUCCGUUCAGUUGUCUCUGUGUUACCGAUCGGUAUUUCGAAUUCUCUCGGCCGCGACACGGAAAAUUACUCUUUCCUAGAAAAAAUCAAAUGGGGAGACGUAUGGACAAAAAAAGGAACACGAAUGUUCAACCUUGCUCGCUUCACGCGUUAUAUCAAGGAUAUCCGGACCGAAGCCAGUGUCCAUUUUAUUUUAUUUGAUCAGAAAGAGAAACGGAGUCGUUUCUUUCGACACAUCGUCGUGAAAGGGUAAAAUGAAAUUAUCCAGGGAUUCAAGGAGAUAUUCGGUGAUUCGAAAUUCCAUGAAUUCGAACAAUCAGCAUGGAUAUCGCGCUGUUUUACGUGGUAUCGAGAAGGAUAUAUCACAUGCACGAUAGGUGGAUGGGUUCGGCACGGGUGGUUGCUGGCAGAGUGAGAGUGAGAGAGUCAUAUAUAUAUAGAGAGAAGGGGAAACCCGACUCGGCACUCCAAAGUACACAGCCUCCGCGUUUGCAGUGGUGUGCUUUCGGUUCCCUCUACACACGAUAUUCAUUCUUCGCGGCUUCGCGCCCGUGGUAACAGUCGGCCAUCCACGUUUCCACGUUGCACGAGGGCAGCUUCCGGAAUCAAUCUUUUCGUCAAUCGACACGGCCACUCGAACCAGCUACAACCAUGAAGCUCGCUAUAUUCGCAUUUAUAGCGAUGAGCUGUCUGAUAGCCGUGGUCAGGUCGGCAGAGGAGGAAUACGAUUACGAGGAGGAGCCUGCAGCCCCGGUCACUCCAGCCCCGGCCAGAUCCGGUUCCGGUAGAUUAGGGGGACUGUUAUCUUCCCGGGGCCGGGUGAGCGUCGGCAGGAAAUCAGCUGCGCCAGCCGCGCAGUCGACCACGGCGAAGGCGAUCGAGCAGCCGGCCGCAGAAGCGGAGGAGGAGGAGGAGGAGGAGCUCGAGGACAACCAAGAGCAAGAAGAGGCGCCGACCACGACCACCGAAUCGUCCAAGAAAGUUCGCGGCGGAGUCAGACCUUUCAGGUCGAACCAAGACCUGUUGGACGCGUUGAAGAGAAGAAGAGCCCAAGCGGGACCCACCACCUCUCAUCGAGACACCUCUGCCACCCAAACUGCCACCGAAUCGACGACGCCUAAGUCCAAAGCAACCACGCACAGCCGCAACAAAAGUAACGGCGCCACAAGCGAGACGAAAUCGACGGGGCGCGGCAGGUUUGGAGGAACGAGGGGAAGCAAACCUUUACAAGAGGAGGUGGAGGAGACUCAGCGAGAAGAGGUUCAAGUGAAACCGAAACCGUAUCGCAGAGGUUAAAUCGAAUCACCGGGAAGAUCGCGGAUUUUCCAGCUUUGUUCGAUUAACGCGGGACGAAUUAAAUUUAAAAUUAAUCCAAUCACAGCGAUCGAGCCACGUUCUAUCGUCGAAAACGAUGAAAAUUUACUCCUAGACGUAUGCAACACUUGCGAGCAAAAUUCGUUCUCUCUCUUUCUCUCUCUCUCUCUCUUUCUUUCUUUCUCUCUCUUGUAUAUCGAAUCUCCUAGCGUUUAAAAAGAAAAAAAAUUGAAACAUGACGAGAAGAGUGUGACAAAUGCGUGGACAAACCUGUAACUAUCAGUUUUGUAAUAUCUAAUGUUUGCGCAUUAAUGGAGAAAGUACAUUCGAAAUGACAUGUAUAUAUAUAUAGAAGAAGGCUGCCAUUCACCGAAUACUCAAGGUACUUACUGUAUAAAUGUAAAUUAAUACAAUAAAAAUUCUAAAAAACA